AUGGUAGGAUGCCUGAUCCGGGUUGGAGGAAGGUUGAGUAGGUCUGCGUUGCCAUUGGAAGCAAAGCAUCCUAUCGUGCUUCCCAAGGAAAGCCCUGUGUCUCUAUUGAUAUUGAGAGAGAUACAUGAGAAAUGUGGACACAGUGGAAGAAACUACAUUCUGUCGACACUUCGUGAGAAGUACUGGUUGCCUGGUGCAGGAGCUAAAAUCAGAAGGAUGAUAGGGAAAUGUGUGUCUUGCAGACGGCAUAGAGCAAAGAUUCUACAGCAAAAAAUGGCUGAUCUGCCCAAGGACAGAGUGACGCCUGAUGACCCACCAUUUUCUAAAGUAGGCAUGGACUUCUUUGGGCCUAUUGAAGUUAAAAGAGGAAGAAGUAUGGUCAAGCGUUACGGAGUGAUUUUCACAUGCCUAGCCAUUCGAGCUGUUCAUAUUGAAAUGGCUUCAUCUUUGGACACUGAUUCCUGUAUUGAUGCUAUACGACGCUUUAUAGCUCGAAGUAAAGAGGCAAUAUGA